AUUUUUAGAUUGUUUUCAUGUUGAAGAUGUAUUUUAUGAAAUUAUCUUCUAGAAUUUUAUUUGAACUACAUGAAGUUGGAGAUUUCUCUUCGAAGUAUCCUCUUAAUUAGUAUGAAAAUAUGAAAAUGUUAAUUCAGAAACGUCACUGGAAGUUUGAUGCAAUAAUAAAUGUUUAUAUAGAAGCCCAUAUCCUUCACUUUACUCUCACGCCACUCUAACUCACACAUGUAUAAAUAGCAGCCAACAUUUACCUAGCUUUUUAAACUUAGUCCCCAUUGAUCUUAACCAUGGCCAUCAAACCGGUUGUAACCACCGUGAUAGCUCUUUUCUCCACCAUUCUUGCUCUCUAUAUAAUCUCAUUGCCGUCCUCUCUCUCUUCUAUUGCUACAGCUAUCAUAACCAGUUCUCAACUCGGACCAUUAUCAAUAUAUUCAACAUUCUUUGGACAUAGACACCAUCAUCAUCACCAUCACCACCAUCAUCAUCACAACGAUCAUGUUCCAGUGAAGUGUUGUGAGAAAUGGACGUCAAGGCUUACACACCUGUACGGGCCUUCACUUGUGUUGACUGUUGAUUUGAAUGGUUGUGGUAACUUCAGCAACGUUCAAAGUGCCAUUGAUUCUGUACCGGAUUUAAGCCCUACCAAAACUCUCAUUAUCGUUAAUUCGGGUGUUUAUAGGGAAAAAGUUACAGUUAAUGAGAACAAGACAAACAUUGUAAUGCAAGGAAGAGGAUAUCAAAACACAUCCAUUGAAUGGAAUGACACAGCAAAAUCUGGAGGAGGCACUGCUUAUAGCUUCUCGUUUGCUGUGUUGGCAGCUAACUUCACAGCUUACAAUAUUAGCUUCAAGAACAAUGCACCGGAACCAGAUCCGGGUGAAGAUGACGAACAAGCAGUAGCUUUAAAGAUAGAAGGAGACCAGUGCGCUUUUUAUGGAUGUGGAUUCUACGGUGCUCAAGAUACUCUUCUAGAUGAUAGAGGAAGACAUUUCUUCAAAAAUUGUUUCAUUCAAGGGUCCAUAGAUUUCAUAUUUGGCAAUGGAAGAUCACUCUAUCAGGAUUGUACUAUUAACUCAAUAGCCAAGGAGAGUACAUCAGGAGUCAGUGGAUCUAUCACGGCACAUGGAAGACAAUCAAAAGAUGAACAAACAGGAUUUUCUUUUGUUAAUUGUAAGAUAGAUGGAACCGGGAAAGUAUGGCUUGGACGAGCUUGGGGAGCCUAUGCUACCAUAGUGUUCUCAAACACAUACAUGUCUGGAAUCAUCACUCCAGAAGGUUGGCAUGAUUGGGGUGAACCUACCAGAAAAAAGACGGUGACUUUUGGAGAGCAUAAAUGCUAUGGAGAAGGAGCAAAUUACAAAAGAAGAGUUUCAUAUGGGAAACAACUAACCGAUUCUGAAGCAUCUUCAUUCACAGACAUUUCUUACAUAGAUGGAGACCAAUGGCUAAGUCAAACUAACAUACUCUCUGAGCUUACAUCUGAAGAUAACAAAGAAGAACUUAUCGGAUUUUACUAACCGAUAUGAGGAUCAUGAUGCAAAGAUACGCACACAAAACACUGAGAUACAGAUUAUUUCUAUAAGAAGUCACAUUCAUAUCUAGUUUUCAAACAAGACCAUAUAAUAGAGUUGCAUGUGUUUAAUUAUUUUCCUCCUCCCAUAUCUAAAUGGAUCCUGGUUUUAAAAGAGUAGCCAAUCUAUGAAAGAAUUUUACCAAUCAACAUAAAUGAAAGAAAUUACUUCUUUUGUCACAAAUCAUAUUUGUCAUUGCUUAAUUAACACCAUAUUUGUAUAAUUUAAAAUUUAAUACUCUUCUUGUUCUAUUCAUUUACUUGGUAUAGCUAUUAUUAGUAUAUAAUCAGUUUUGGUUUUAAGUCUUAAACUUAUGCUAUCACCUUUUGUUUACAUAUUUUUUUUCUCAUAUUUUGCUGAUUUUCCUCAUUUUUUCCCCUAAAUAUUCGUUAUUUUAUUCAACUCGUUUCCUUUUCAUUUCUAUUAUACUAAGUUACUAACAUGCGGAUAAAAUAUUAAACACUUACAAUAAAACAACAAAAUACAAAUGAUAACUGAAUGAUGUUAGCAACCAAUUUAAUGUUUUUCUUAUUAAUAAAAUUAAUUGAUUGAUUAAAUUUGCUAAUGCUUUUCUAAAAGUUACACCAAUCAAGCCCAAAGAUGAGGAGGGGCAUUCGAUUGCAUAUAUAGAGAGAGAGAGAGCAGUGACAAGAAGACCAACAAGAAUGGUUACAACUUUGAUGGACAUGAUUAACAACACUGUUUUCUCAGUCAAUUCAAAGAGAGAAGAAUGAUAAAAAGUUCAUGAAGAUUGGGGUAAGAAGUUUGUAAAUCUGUAAAUGGUAUUUAUUUACAGAAGACGAAGAAGUUUGUUAGGGUAAUUAAAUAUUGUUUAAUGCAUCUAACAACCGAUGGAAUUCCUGUAUAUACAUGUGUAUUUUGAAGCAUUUCAGAGUUCUUCUAAUACAU